AUGGCUACUGCGCCGCACGAGCUUACAGCGACCAUCCUCGCGAUGUCCGAUAGGGCGGCAUUCCCCCUGCCGGCUCUCGACAAUACUUACGGGGCUCUGCUCCUUGGGACUUUCAUUGGGCUCAUGUUGUAUGGCCUUACCGUUCAUCAGACCUACAGAUACUUCAGGCUGUAUCCGACCGACAUCCCAGUCUUGGUCUAUUUGGUCCUCGCGAUCUUGACAAUCGAGACAGUGCAUACAGCUAUGAUUAUGGCUGCUUGUUACUACCAUCUCGUAUCGAAUUACUUCAAUCCCAUCACUCUUCUAGAGGGACACUGGUCAACAAGGAUCAUAACCCCCACGUCGGGAUUGUGCAUCUUGGUUUGCCAAGCUUUCUACGCUCGUCGGGUGUGGUAUGUGGGUCAUCAGUAUAGAUAUAUUGUCGGGGUUGCGGGAGUCCUUAUGCUAGCCCUCCUAGCGUUCACCAUCUCUGCAACUGUUGAAGGCUUCAUCCUACCUUUGAGCGACUUCCAUCGUGACAGCUGGAUGGUGUCUGUCCUGUUCAGCCUGGCGGUGGCCAUAGACAUACUCCUCACCAGCUCUUUGAUCUUUGUGCUGGUGCGGAGCCGCACAGGAUUCAAGCGGACCGACUCUACCAUCGAUAUUAUCGUGGUAUAUGCCAUCAAUACAGGGCUCUUGACAAGCAUCGUCGGACUCCUCGGCGCCAUAUUUGCCAUCAUCCUGCCAGGCAACUUCAUAUACAUCGGAAUCAGCAUCGUUGCAACCAAGCUCUACGCAAACUCUGUCCUCGCAGUUCUCAAUUCACGCCGCGCGCUGUCCGACCGUAUGCUCGAAGGGUUUGAGAUGGGCUCCUAUGAGCCUCGAGGCCCUCGAGCGCGGCCUCACACAGUGGUCGACACUUGGGAUGUUCCUCAGUUCCCCGUUGAUCUCCCAUCCCGCGACACACACAUAAGCUUCACAACGCCCACGGAUACCAAUUCCGACGACACAGCGUCCGGGGUCCGCGGUCUCCAGGCGAAGUCCGUGCUAAGUUCAGAGGCUCUCACUGUGAAGAUGGCCGCUUGA